CUUCGACUCAACAUGCCCCUUCUAACUCAAAGCGACGCUCUGCAAAUUUUGCUCCUAGCAUUUGGCAUGAUACUUUCUUGAAAUAUGCUGAUUCCGAAUUUUCGGCAAGGAGAUUUCUCUUCCCUACAGUUUCACUAUCAAAGAGUCCCACCAACGACUCCUGAGUUCUCUCUGCAUUUCUUCUCCUAUAAUCAAGUUGUAGAUACCUUCCGCCGUUUUCUCAACUCGGGCCUCACUCUCUUCAUCCUCCAAGUCUGACUCUAUUACCUUGUUUUUAGCUUUCUUGCCCUCAUCAUCAAUCCUCUUAGUAGCGCUACCGUUCCUCACAAUGGUCGCAAAGGAUGGGGUUCCUCCCGGUGCACCAAAACCAUGCCGCUGACUGUCUAUAACUGGUUGUGGGCUGCAUACCACCAUAUCCACACCGUCUUUCAUCUCUUCUACCUCCAUCCAUUCCUCCACUCAACAUUGGCCAUGUCCCUUAAGUAUUCAUCUCCUUUCCCUGACUUUCUCACCUUCUUUCCUAAUCUAUGGAGAAUCUCGCCUUCCUUCCACAUUCUCUCCCUUGGGUCAUACUGACGAGGGGUCCCUCCCCAGACGAAGCCACCAUGCAUGGCCUCCCCUUUAAUUUAUGCAAUUCCUAGAUCUGUUCCUCAUCAAGCCCAUUUCCUUUCCUUGAUAGUCAUGCCAACAGAGUGGGCGGGCUGGGGGAAUCAACGAAACCAUGAAACAAGAACUUCAAAUGCAUAAAAAGAAGGUGAAGAUGUAUUUGUCUUCUAAUGACAAUAAUAUCUUACAAAAGUUAUGUUUAAUAGAUUCAAUUCAACAUUUGAGUAUAUCUUAUCAUUUUCAACAUGAAAUUGAUGAAAUAUUAGCCCAAAUCCACAAUGAUUUUACCAACAAUAAUGACCUUGUUACAAAAGAAUGCGAUCUUCACUUUAUUGCAUUACUUUUUCGUUUAUUUCGACAAAAGGGAUAUUACAUUUCAUCAGAUAUUUUCAACAAAUUCAAGAAUAGAAGGGGAGAAUUCGAUGAAAUAACUGAUGUUCAAGGAAUGUGGAGCUUGUAUGAAGCUGCACAAUUAAGAGUUCAUGGAGAAGAUAUAUUAGAGGAAGCACAUGAAUUCACAUACAAUAGACUUAAGUCUAUCACCAAUCAAUUGAGUCUAUCUCUUGGUGACCAAAUCAAUCAAAGUUUAGGACAACCUUUUCACAAGGCAAUUCCAAGAAUGAAGGCAAGGUCAUAUAUAUCUUUCUAUGAAAAAGAUCCUUCAUGUGACAAGGUUGAUCUUCUAAACUUCGCAAAAUUGGAUUUCAAUAUGGUGCAAAAAUUGUACAAAAAAGAAAUUGGUAGCAACACCAAGUGGUGGAGAGAAUCAGAUUUUGCAACAACGGUUCCUUAUGCAAGAGACAGGAUAGUUGAAGUAUUCUUUUGGCCUUUUGCUAUGAACUCUGAUCCUAAAUAUAGCACUGCAAGACAAAUAAUAACCAAAUUGGUUUUAUGUAUCUCUCUUAUGGAUGAUACUUAUGAUGUUUAUGGCACGGUUAAAGAACUUGAACUCUUCACUAGAGCAAUCCAAAGAUGGGAUAUUCGUUACAUUGAAUCUCUUUCAGAGUGCUUUAAAGUUGUUUUCAAUGCAAUUGUGGAAUGUUUGAUGGAAAUAGACGUUUUCAUGAAUGAUGUGAAUGGAGACUCAAGCUUAGUAAUGCAACAUGUUAAACAAGCCUUUUCUAAUUUUGUACAAGGUUACAUGGUUGAAGCAAAAUGGUGCCAUGAAGGCUAUAUUCCAACAUAUGAUGAGUACAAGAUUAACGGAGUUCUCACUUCAGCAAAUCCAUUGUUUACAACAGUGUUCACUGCCUUCGGAGAAUCUGCAACCAAAGAAAUGUUUGGUUGGAUUUCGAAUAUUCCGGUCAUCUUAAAAGCCACAUCACUUGUUUGCAGACUACUAAAUGAUUUGGCCUCACACAAGUUUGAACAACAAAGGGAACAUGUUGCUUCUGCAGUAGAAAGUUGCAUGAAGCAAUAUGACUUUUCAAAAGAGGAGGCCUAUGAAUUUAUUAAAAAGGAUAUCAAUGAUUCUUGGAAGGAUAUGAAUGAAGAGUAUCUCAAGUUAACUGAGAAAAUCCCAAGAUCCAUCCUUGAUUGCAUUGUUAAUUUGGCACGCAUAUGUGAGUUUCUAUAUGCAGACUUUGAAGAUAAAUACACCAACUGUGAACUUCUGAACGAUCACAUCAUGGCACUGCUUUUGGACCCCAUCAUCGUGUAGCAGUUUCCUCAAGAAAUAAAUUGUUUAACAUUUGUUCUAAAUAAAUAACUCUAACAAAUUUUAUUAUAAUAUAAUUAAGAAACUGAUACUAAAAUCUUUUUUAUCUCAUUCUUA